AUGAGGCACUAUAUUAUUGCUGUCACAUUGUUUUGUUCGGCCACUGGGUCUCGUUCCCUAACGGCUGGAGACGGCGAUGCUAAUGAGGAAAGCUUUGCGGAGGUGGUGAUGCGACAGCUGAAAGCGAUGCCCCCAGCAAAGUGCUCUUGCCAAGAUGGAUACACUCUCACUGACGGAACGUGCAUCCGGGCAACUGAAAGUGACCCACAGGAAAUAUGCCAAACCGGGAACAUGGUGGACGGCCUCUGUGUCAUGCCCGCGCAAGCUGUGCUGCAGUGUCCUGAUCACUACAUCACGGUUUGCAAGAAGAAGGACGGAGCAGAAUCACCCUGUUGCGCUAAACCACAAACGGCCGAAAAGAUUGCUCGCUGUCCAGACGGAACUGAGUUCCAGGAUGGUCACUGCACAAGGCUUCUUGCCCACCAACCCGUCGCCGAAUGCCCACUUGGUUUUGGCCUUUCCGAGCAUGGAACUCAGUGCAUCAAAGAAGAACUUGGAAUGCCCGCUCCCACUUGCGUUCCACCGGAUGUUCUGUCACCGGAGGGAGAUUCUUGCAUAACAACAACAGAACAAGGAUUUGAGUACGUUUGCCCGGACGAGUAUGAGUGUAUCUCUCACACCAUCAAGAAGAAGAAGAAAUACAGCCCGCUGUGUUCCGCAUGUGCCAAGACAACGGAGGCAUUGCCAAACUGUGGAUGCCCUGAAGGCCUGCAGGAGGUUGAUGGCUUCUGUUAUGAACCAGAUAUUUAUGCUCUGUGCCAGUCUCGAAGGGCGGUCCCUCGAAAGCAGGCACCCUCCAAGAAGCAGCCAGUAUAUCCAUCAAAGGAAGCACCAGAGCCAGAGAUCGACUGCAAGCCAGUCGGACCCGUCACAUGCGAAUGUGCACUACCGUUUUCUCUCGAAUGCGCCGGAGACCUGUGCAGAUGUCUCCAUCGGCAAGUGCUUCCCACGAUGCCCAUCUGCAGAGGAGAGAUUGACGAAGCUGGGAACUGUCUAACUCAAGCAAAAAAACGCCUCUUGUAUACUUGUCCAGAAGGCUUCACAUGCGAUGUCGUGGACAAGAAGGGCCAGUGCCAAUGCACCCGAGUCGUUGUCGCUGAGCCCCUCUCCAGAUGUCUCACAGGAGAGCCCCACGACAACAAGUGCAUUGAGGUCAUUAGAGAGGAAAAGGUUGUGGAGUGCCCACCCGGAUACACGGAAAAAUGCUGUGAUAAUCAAUGCUCCUGCACGAAGACACACUUGGCCGUACGACAGGUCAAGUGUGAAGAUGGUGCAGUUAGCAUUCAAGGACAAUGCGCCUACGUCUCCAAGCCCUCACCCGGAUGCUUCGAGGGUACGCUUCGAGGGGAUAGAUGCAUCCAGGAGUACAUCGUGCCGCCCUCCUGCGGAUAG